AUGAAUCAAAGGCGUUUGAUUGAGAAGUUUGAGACCCUGUUACGAGAACAUGGUCCUGAAGAGACAUGCGUUGAUUGCGGGUUACCAGUUGGAAUACUGGUCGGCAAGACAGCAGGAGCAAGGUGCUAUGGAACUUGCGUCGACUGUGGUAUACCCGCAUCUAAAUGUCAACACUGGCUUUGUUUAGCCACAAAAUGCCCCAAGGCGAACCAGCAGAGGCCUCUGACCAAGCCCACUGGGUUGCCGAAAAAUGGCAGCACGGAAGACUCCGCCAAAAAGUGCGUGAAAACACCGACAACUGUACACCAUUUCAGUUUGCCGAAAAAUGGCAGCACCGACGGCCCCGCCAAAAAGUGCGGGAAUACACCGACAACUGCACACCGUCAUCUCCGGGUUGUACCGGACCAUCUUGCCAAUCUUGCCAAUGCAGCGCGACUUCUCCGUAUUCAACCUCUACCAUCACCUCCCUCUCAACAAACAACACCUCGUACUUCUACCCCAUUGUAUCAAACAGCGCCCAAAACAGCUACCCCAAUGUUGCAACAGGCACCCCAAACAGUUAGACCAAUUCAUAACACACCUCGUGCUGCCACCCCACUGUUGCAACAAGCGCCCAAAACAGCUAGCCCAAUUCAGAACUCAUCUCAUGCUGCUACUCAAAUCUUGCAACAAGCGCCCAAAACAGCUUCACCAAUUACGACAACACCUCACACUGUAAUCCAAAAUCAAAAUUCAGCAACCCCAGUUGCCCAACAAGCUCCUCCACCAGCAACACCAACUCCCAAAAACAAGAAACACAGCGCGACAUCUCGAGCCCUACAUCGAACUCUCCCCGCGGUGGGUACCAUUCCAGCUCUUACAAAUGCUCAACUGGAAACACCACCGCGAGGAGAGGUCAUCCUAGGUAGAGGAGCUUACGGAGAAGUAAAGCUUAAGUACAUUAACCAGACACCAGCUGCUGUAAAGUACGUUGGGUUUGAGGAUAGAGAGGCAGUCUUGCUAGAGGCAAGAGCAAUGGCUGCCCUCUCUACCCACGACUCAUUCCCAACACUUUACGGCACGCUGGUGAAUGGUAAAGAGCAUGCUCUCGUCAUGCAAUUCCUGGGCGACCCAGGGACGGGAGAGUGUCUCACCCUGGCGGGUGCCGUCACCGGACCACGGUGCCUGACUCUCCUCUCCGCCGACUGGGUCACCCUCGCAAUCAAUAUUGUCGAUGGGUUGAAGUUCAUGCACGACAAGAACCUCCUUCAUAAUGACAUCAAGGGAGAUAACAUAUUGGUGAAUCAUGAAGGAGGCUUUUGGCGUGCCUACAUCAUUGAUGUUGGACUUUGUAGUCUUGUGGGGCACCCAAGGCGUCAUGUUUUGGACGUAGCCGGGAAGGCCAAAUUCCGGCAAUUUCAUGGGCACAUUGCCCCUGAACUUGUCGAAUUUGGUCUUCCUGAAUCCACCUUCAGCGACAUUUUUCAGGUCGGUAAAGUCUUCUCCCGAAUGAGUAAAUACUUAGGGAUGGCCGAACUGAAGAAGGUCGCUGAUUGGUGUGAGCAAGAAGAUCCAAAGCUGCGUCCAUCGACAGCGGUGCUCCAUUUCUACAUGCACAUCAAUAGAACCAAACUGACACGAUGA